AGACAGUUCUCUCCUUCAAAAGGAGCCAAGGCCUAGAAGCUGCAUCACUCACUUAAAAGUCCUAUCCAAUUCAAUCCCCCAAGAAACUCCGAUAUUCCGGAUGCGAUGAGAGGGAAUACCAACGGCGGCGGCAGAUCAAUAAGCUCGCCGGAGAAGAGAGCGGCGUGUAAUCACGGCAACCACCAUAAAAGCCGGGGAAGUGAAUCAGAAAGAGAGAAAGAAGGGUCAUCGUCCGGCGGCGGAGAAGGGGGAGUGUGGCUGCCGGAGUUCGUAAUAGCCUUAACGAACAAAGAGAAGGAAGAAGAUUUCAUGGCGAUCAAAGGGUGUAAGCCGCCUCUCAGACCUAAAAAACGCCCCAAAAUUAUUCAACGCACCAUCAAUCUGGUGAGCCCAGGGACGUGGCUGUGUGAUCUAACGCUGGACAGAUACGAAGUCAGGGAAAAGAAGAUGUCUAAAAAGAGACGAAGAGGGCUUAAAGCAAUAGUGAAAAUGGAGACAGAU